UACUCCUGUAACUACGGUAAAUGGGGGACAGUAGCAUAGUGGUGUUACAUCUUUGCAAUUUGAAUCAAUCGCGUUAUUGUGUUUCAGAAUGAGGCUCUGCUUACUUGCCCUGUUGCUGCUCCUGGCCACAGGAAGUGAUGUCACAGCGUCAGAGGGGGACAGGAAGCCCAACUUCGUCCUGAUGAUGGUGGACGACCUUGGCAUUGGGGACAUUGGUUGUUACGGCAAUGACACCAUCAGGACUCCUAAUAUCGACCGUUUAGCAGCAGAGGGAGUGAAGUUGACUCAGCAUAUAGCUGCUGCUCCUCUCUGUACACCCAGUAGAGCUGCCUUCCACACAGGACGCUACGCACUGCGCUCAGGUCUGGGCAGUACAGGGCGUGUGCAGGUGUUGUUGUUUCUGGGAGGUUCUGGGGGUCUACCCCCCACUGAGACCACCUUCGCUAAGAGACUACAGGAGCAGGGAUACACCACCGGACUAGUGGGUAAAUGGCACCUGGGUGUGAACUGUGAGCUUCGAGGGGACCACUGCCACCACCCCAACACACACGGCUUCAGCUACUUCUAUGGCCUGCCUUUCACCCUGUUCAAUGACUGUAGACCAGGGGAGGGGAAAGAUGUACUAGCUGACCUGCAGAACACACUGUGGCAGCUAACACUGCUGGGGGCCCUGGCCCUGCUCAGCCUGGUGUGUGUGCGUGUGUGUGGUCUGCUUGAGGUGAGUGUGUCCGUCAUCGUGGCGGUGACUUGUCUGAGCCUGCUGGCGUUCAGUGUGUGGUUCGUGCCCUUUGAACUCCUGAUGACCUGGAACUGCAUCAUCAUGAGGAACCAGGAAGUGGUGGAGCAGCCCAUGGACCUAGACACGUUAUCACAAAGACUACUGGGAGAGGCCCAAGGCUUCAUAGAGAGGAAUGCUGACAGACCGUUCCUCCUGUUCCUGUCUCUGGCCCACGUACACACUCCUCUGUUCUCCUCUCCUGGCUUUGCUGGGAAGAGUCGCCAUGGUCUCUAUGGAGACAACGUAGAGGAGGUGGACUAUAUGAUAGGUCGUAUGACUGAGACAGUGGACAGGUUGGGUCUGGCCAACAACACUAUGAUGUAUUUCACCUCUGACCACGGUGGCUAUAUUGAAGACGCAGAUGAACGAGGACAGAAAGGAGGCUGGAACGGAAUCUACAAAGGUGGGAAGGCGAUGGGUGGAUGGGAGGGUGGUAUCAGGGUGCCAGGUAUAUUCCGGUGGCCUGGAAGGCUGUCAGCAGGCAGAGUGUUUGACACACCCACCAGUCUCAUGGACCUCUACCCCACACUCACACACCUGGCCAAUGCAACACACAGCGACAGGUUGUUAGAUGGCUAUGAUCUGAUGCCUGUGCUAGAAGGAAGGACCGAGCGGUCGCAGCAUGAGUUCAUGUUCCACUAUUGUGGUGCUUACCUCAACGCAGUACGCUGGCACCCACCUGGGAGUGAGUCAGUCUAUAAGGUCCACUUCUUUACCCCUAACUUCUCCCCACCGGGCGCUGGCGGUUGCUAUGACACCAAGAUUUGUUUGUGUCAUGGAAGUCAUGUGACACACCACAGUCCCCCCAUCGUCUUUGACCUUCACACUGACCCCUCGGAGUCCAGCCCCCUGACCCCAGACACUGAGCCACGCUACCAGGAAAUUCUACAGCAAACUGCCAGGGCUGUGGAGCAGCACCGGGCCACCCUCACACACUCACACACACAACCAGACACACACUCUCCCCACUCCGAGCCUGUUCUCAACCAGCUGUCGUGGGAAAAGAUUCUGUGGCGUCCAUGGCUGCAGCCAUGCUGUGGAACAUUCCCCUUCUGUGGCUGUAAAGAGAACACUACGUCUACUCUGGCCUAACACACACACAUCUGGCCUAACACACACACCUCUGGCCUAACCCACACACCUCUGGCCUAACACACACACCUCUGGCCUAACACACACACCUCUGGCAGAGAAAUGUGAAGAGAAAGAUGAGGAACAUAAAAAUAUGAAGAACUUUUAAUGGAUCAACUGCUUUUUGAAUUGUUAUAAUAUUUUUCAGACUAAGUUUUCAAUGUCUAGACAGUUGUACAUAGCUAUAUGAAAGAUGGUAAUAAUUUGCUCAAAGAUAAUUUAUGUUUUUAUAUCCUGACCAAUCUUGUAAUUUGCAAUAUUGAUUUUGAUAGAUUAUUAUUUUUAUAACCUAAGCAGUCUGUGAAAAACCUGUUUGUUCUUUUUCUUUGAAGUUUGUGACUGUACAGUAUGCUCCUGUCAGUUACUGCUCUUCACCACAUGGUGGAGCCAGCUACCUGGAAUAAACAUUCCUUUCUGCUGCA